GAAACCCUGUUUUCUUAUUUUUUCUAUUCAAAAUUAUUUUGAUCUGUCUGGUUCCCUAUUUUUUUUGGUCAUUCAUAAGAAAGCAGCUAAGUUAAGGGUGGGGGACGAGGAGAUUGAGUUACAAAACUUUGCAGGCUAUGAGAGAACCUAUUCUCUAUUGCUUGAGUGCACAACUACUGGAUGUAGAAUUCUUAAGAGAACUAGGAAUGCUCCACAGGACUAAAUAUAGUCGUUUUAGAAAUGAGUCCCUCACCUCACUGGAAGAAGACACGUCGUCGUCGAGUGAUCUUCUCCGCCUGAAGUCUUCUUCAGCUUCUUCUUCCACUACUUCUAAGACACUCACUGAAGAUGUCCCAAUUGGUACCUCGGACAGCUCCAUUUCUCUGUGUACCUUGGUACCCCGCAUGGCCAACGUUAAGCUGGCCAACCCUUCCACCUUGCCAACCUUGAAGAACUUCUGCCUACGAACGAAAGAGGUGCCAAGGUUUAAACUCACCGAAUGCGUCACUGUCCAGGCCAGCCGAACCGUGCCAGAAAUCGGCUUAAGCUGCUCCUUGUCUUCUGCUUAUUCCCAGGGAGAGCCAGACAAGGCAUUCAAGUCAAGCCCAAACACCCAAGAGAACUGUGUUUUGUUAGCCGUGGGAGACUCUGGCUUCCUAUCCAAGCCAGGCAAAGAUCUUGGACAAAAGGGUGAAUCCAGUUUGGAGAAAGGGAUAUCCUAUGCUGCCCGGUAUAUGGGCUGCAUUGAGGUGCUCCAAUCAAUGAGGUCUUUGGAUUUUGGUACACGGACGCAGGUUACCAGGGAAGCAAUAAGUCGUCUAUGUGAAGCUGUGCCAGGAAUACACGGGAACACAAAAAAACGGAAGCCUCCAGCUAAAUUUCUUUCUCCUGUGCUUGGCAAAAGCAAUCUUCAGUUUUCUGGCACGCAUAUAAAACUGACCAUCUCAACAACCAGUCUGACUUUAUUGAACACCGACAGCCAGCAGAUUAUUGCAAACCACCAUAUGCAGUCCAUUUCAUUUGCCUCUGGGGGGGAUCCAGAUACUACAGAUUAUGUCGCCUACGUUGCUAAAGAUCCUGUUAAUCAAAGAGCAUGCCACAUUUUGGAAUGUCCCUCUGGAAUAGCUCAAGAAGUCAUCAAUACCGUCGGACAAGCUUUUGAGCUCCGGUUCAAACAGUACUUGAAGACCCCUCCUGCUUUGAUGGUUCCCAAGGAAAGAGAAGGGGUGAGUCUUGAUGGAUCCACCUGGAAUGUUCAAGAGAAGGAAGACUGCGGAUACUAUAAUGAAAUUCCUGGGAAGGAACCUCCUGUAGGUGGGCUGUCUGACGUCAGGCUGAAGAUAAUCCCAGAAGAAGGGAUGAACCGUCCCAUCCACACGGAGAAGCAACAAUGUGGAGAUGAUAGUCCCAGUUCUAAGCAGCUUUAUGAAAACUGCCCAGAUGAGCACGGAGCAGCGGGUAUCAGCAAACCAACUCAGGCAGCAAAUCAAGAUGCUCCAUUGCUGAAAAGUAGCAGUAAAGUGGAUCUUUUUGAUGACCCUCGAUAUAUCAAUACUCAAAACUUACAAGCUACAUCAGAAGCACUGGACACUGUAGAGCAGAAAGGAUCCAGUGACGUGGCAGGCCUCGGAGGCAUCACAGAUGCAAAGACACCUCUUUGGAAUGAAGAAUGUUAUCACGGGAAGAUAUCCAGGAGACAAGCAGAGAAUCUCUUAAGAAACAACGGAGACUUCCUGGUACGGGAGAGUACAACCUCACCUGGCCAAUAUGUCCUGAGUGGACUGCAAGGAGGACAAGUAAAACACCUCUUGUUGGUGGAUCCUGAAGGCAAGGUCAGAACCAAAGAUCAUAUAUUCGAUAGCGUGGAUCAUCUUAUCCGCUACCAUAUGGAAAACAAAUUGCCAAUCAUCUCUUCUGGACGUGAAUUAAGGCUCAGCCAGCCUGUAAGAAAAGAAUUAGGGCAACUGCAUUCUAAGGACUAAUUUUGUUGACUCACGUUCUUUUCAAGAUAAUUCUUUUGUCACAGUCUCCUCAAUAUCCCUAGUGACUAUUCUGGACUCAUUUCCUGCGCACACAAUUCGACAAAGAAUAGGAGACACCUCUAGAUGAGGUUACAAAUGAAUUCUUCUCUU